AUGAACAUAACUGUACAUAUUUGCCAGCGUUUAGCAUGUACAAAGCAUAACAAUUCAGUAACGCAACGAUUUUACGUGUCCAAAAAUAACGAAACGGACAAGAGGUCAUUCGAGACGAGACAAAACUUCAUUUUUUUCAGACAGCCCGGGUCCUAUCAGGUUUCGUGUCAGAUGGUGAACAUUGGAAAUAUGGAAAGCCUGUGGAUUUUUAAUGGAAGUGUAUUGGUACAUGGAGCCGCUGACCAGCCCCCACCCAAGUACGAUUUGCUGAAGUUGGUUUUCUUCCUAAUCGUCCCCGUAUUAAUCUUCCUAGUCGUCUACAUUACGGUUGUCAUUUUCUACAUUGCCAGGAGCGUGAAGAAAAAGAAAAUCAAGUUCUCGGCAAAUGCUCCAGCUUCAGUCUCAACGUCAGCCCAGCAUGCAGUUGACAAAACAAUUAGUUAA